AGCCUUUUGGCUCCAGCCGGCCUGGGGCGCGGGCCGGGCGGGGGGGCCGGCGACAUCCUCCUCCCCAUUUUACAGUUCUGGGCCGCGCGCGGACGCGUGGCUCAUGGAUGGCGGACUCCGCCUCGUUGGCGCUCCGAUCGCCCUCGGUGCCGCUCCCUGAAGCCCAGCUGGCGCCAUGGCCGACGAUGACAAACCCAAGAUCAUUGUUAAGGAGACGGUCCAGGAGCGUUUCAACAACUACCAGGUGGACGCGGUGCACUUCACAGCUCUGGACAGCGACGAGAUUGCUCGAUACGCGCGCGCGGAAGUCUUGAAUACGCAGCUGUACGACGGAUCUGGCAAGCCACAUGCGCUGGGUCCUCUCGACCAGCGGAUGGGUAGCUCCUCGAAGAACGGCUACUGCGCAACGUGCGGUUUGGAUAGAGAGCAGUGCGUCGGCCACUUUGGGCACGUCCGCCUCGCGUUGCCUGUGUAUCACGUCGGCUUCGUUAGGCAGGUACUGAACAUCCUCAGGAGUCUCUGCAAGUCCUGCGGCCGCAUCUUGUUGGCCGAGAACGAUCAAGCCGGAUUCCUAGUUAAAUUGCGGCGCAUGGACGAGGGAGACAUGCAGAGGCCGAAGCUGCACAGGCUGAUCUCUGAGACCUGCAAGAAGGUCCACAAGUGCCCGCACUGCGAGGCCUACAACGCCGACGUGAGGAAACCCAACUCUGGUGCUCCACUGAUGUUCAAGCACGCCCUCGGCCCGAGCAGGACGACCCCGGAGGAGGUCAGCAGGGAAUUCAUGGAUUCAUUCGGGGACGCUGCCGAGAGCAACAAGGAUAUGAAGGGGCAUCUCGCGAAGGCUGCGGAGGACAUUACCCCCCUGACGGCGCAUCACCUUCUCAGGAAGAUGUCGACGCGCGAGCGUGAGCUGCUCGGCAUAGUCCAGCCCGAGCGCCUCGUUUUGACGGCUCUGCCGGUGCCCCCCGUUUGCAUCCGACCUUCGGUGGCCAUGGGCGACAAGGGCUUCAGAGAGGACGACCUGACAGCUGCCGUGAAGGACAUCGUCGAGGCGAACAGCAAUCUGCAGGAGAAGCUUGACCGGGGCGGUCAGCUCAGCCAGGUGGCCGAGGCCUGGCAGUGGUUGCAAGAGAAGGUUGCCACAUACAUCAACUCCGAGACCUCGGGUCUGAAGUUGCCCAAGGCUUCUCAUCCGAUCAGAUCCAUCUGCUCGCGGCUGAAGGGGAAGGAGGGCCGCUUUCGCGGCUAUUUGAAUGGAAAGCGUGUGGACUUCUCUGGGCGCACGGUCAUAUCGCCCGACCCGAAUGUCAGCGUGGAGGAGGUAGUGGUGCCCGAAUGGGUCGCCAAGAGGAUGACGUUCCCUGAGAAGGUCUGCGCGGCGAACAUAGAGCGCCUCAGGGAGGCCAUCCGGCAUGGGCCCGAGGAGCACCCUGGCGCGAGCUUCGUCCGCUUCGAGGACGGCCGCGGGAAGUUCCUCGGAGCCCUUAGAAAGAAUUUCCGGCGUCAGCUGGCGGAUCGCCUGCAGUACGGCGCCACAGUGGACCGCCACAUGCGGAAUGGCGACAUCGUGCUCUUCAAUCGCCAGCCCUCGUUGCACAGAUUGUCGAUCAUGGCCCACAGGGCGAAGGUCAUGCCAGGGCGCACGCUGCGUUUCAAUGAGUGCGUGUGCGCCCCCUACAACGCCGACUUCGACGGGGACGAGAUGAACUUGCACCUGCCGCAGACUGAGGAGGCCCGCGCAGAGGCCAUCCAUUUGAUGGGCGUUCGGGAUGGGCUGGUCACCCCGAAGAGCGGGGAGGUGGUCAUCUGCGCGACCCAGGAUUUUCUCACGGGUGCCUUUCUGCUGACGCAGAAGAAUGUGUUUCUGUCCCGGGACAAGUUCUGCCAGCUGGCAUGCGUCCUGACAGAUGGUACCGAGCCCGUGGAGCUGCCGCCCCCUGCGAUCCUGAAGCCUUGCGAGCUGUGGACAGGCAAGCAGCUGUUCAAUGUGAUGCUCCGCCCGAACCGGCAGUCGGGCGUCAUCGCCAACGUGGAGGUCGAGGAGUCCAACUACAGCAAGCAAGGAGGGUCCUUCUGCGUGAAUGACGGUUACGUGGUCAUCCGCAACUCCGAGCUGAUCUCCGGCAAUUGCGGUGGCAAGACGCUCAAGGGCUCGAAGCAGGGUUUGUAUUUUCGUCUCAUCCGGGACAAUGGUGCCGCUUCUGCAAUCGCGUGCAUGAACCGGCUCGCAAAACUCGCCAGCAAGUUCUUGAUGAAUCGUGGGUUCACAAUUGGCAUUGAUGAUGUAAAUGCCGAAUACACUGGAGGGACAGUGAAGAAGUUCGUGUCCAACGUUCCAGACGAGAAGCGGCGAAUUAUCAAGGACAAGUACAGGGUGGUGUCUGGUUUGAUCGAGAAGUUCAAGCACGGCACAUUAGAGCUGAAACCUGGAUGCAACGCGGAUCAAACCUUGGAAGCGAUGGUCAACGGAGAAUUAGGGCAAAUCCGAAAUUUCGUUGGGGACAUGUGCAGGGAACAGCUCCACUUCAUGAACAAGCCCCGAGUGAUGGCACAGUGUGGCUCGAAAGGGAGCAAUAUCAAUCUGUGCCAGAUGAUGGCAUGCGUUGGUCAGCAGAACGUUGGAGGGAAGCGCAUUCAGGAUGGCUUUGUUCUCAGAACGUUGCCCCACUUCAAGAAGGGAUCGAAGGAGCCAGAGGCCAGAGGUUUCGUCGAGAACUCUUUCUACAGCGGGCUCAGACCCCCUGAAUUUUUCUUUCACGCGAUGGGCGGUCGCGAGGGCUUGGUGGACACCUCCGUAAAGACUGCGUCGACCGGGUAUUUGCAGCGCUGCUUGAUCAAGGCCCUGGAGGACUUGUCGUUGAAGUAUGAUAUGACUGUUCGAACAUCUGGCGGCCAAGUCGUGCAGUUCGCCUUCGGGGACGACGGCCUGAAUCCGGCAAAGAUGGAGGGCUCGAGCAGACCGCUCAACUUCAGCAACAUCAUCAAGCACGUCAUGGCCGUCCUUCGUCCAGCACGCGCAGCGACGGCACCCUCUGGCCCGAAGCGGAGACGGUGCGGCGGGGCGCCCUCGGAGGAGUCGUGGCCGCUGCUGCCAGAGGAGCUCCUGAGCCUCGCGGGGCCGUGCGCGGAGAGAUUCUGCGCGGAGGUGAAGGCCGCCCACAGCAGCAUCUCUGACCUCUCGCACAUGGCCGAGAGCCUCGCCGAGUUCAUCCGCGAAGAUUUGGCGGGGGGCGUGGCGAAGAGGCGAGUGGACCUCGGGCUGGAGCCCGGGGACACGCCCGCGUCUGCCGCCGCGGCGAAGAAGGCAGCGACCGCCGCGGAGGCGCUGGCUCUCGCGGAUACCGGCUGCUGCCCGACGCGCGCACAGCUGGACAUCUUCGUAGACCGCUGCACCAGCAAGUACAUCCAGGCCAUGCUGAUGCCCGGCGAGGCCGUCGGGGUCGUGGCGGCGCAGUCGAUCGGGGAGCCCGCGACGCAGAUGACGCUGAAGACGUUCCACUUCGCCGGAGUGGCGAGCAUGAACGUCACCCUCGGAGUGCCCCGGAUCAAGGAGAUCCUGAACGCCACCAAGAAGGUGUCGACGCCCAUCAUCACGUGUGUGCUGCAGGACGAAUACAGGGAGGAGAGCGCGCGCAUCGUGAAGGGCCGUAUAGAGAAGAUACCGCUGAAGGACAUCUGCAAAUACUUCAAGGAGGUCUACGAUCCUGGGGCUGGAUGCUACAUCGCCGUGAAAAUUGACACCGACAUCAUCAGGAAGCUGCAGCUGGAGCUGAACCCAGAGAAAAUCAGGAAGGCUCUUCUUGACAAGAAAAACCUCAAGGGAAUAAAGCUGGAGGCAGAAGACAUCGAGGUAUUUGGAGAGCACAGCGACAAGCUGAGGGUCCGACCUCGCUUGAAGGACGACGAGAAGAGGAAGAACUUGUAUUUCUUCUCGCUGCAGGCCCUCAAGGCCGCGCUGCCCGACGCGGUGGUUGGCGGUGUUCGGUCGACUCGGCGAGCCGUGAUCAACAAGGACGACAGCAGGAAAGACAAAGGGGUCCGCUACAACAUACUGGUGGAGGGCGAGGGCUUGCAGCGUGUCAUGAACACUCCCGGAGUCGUGCCCUCACAGACCACCUCCAACCACGUGAUGGAGGUUGAGCGGGUCCUGGGAAUCGAGGCGGCCCGCUACACCAUCAUCAAGGAGAUCGACUACACCAUGCGCGAGCACGGCAUCUCGGUAGACGCCAGGCAUAUACAGAUGCUGGGCGACUGCAUGACCUACCGGGGGGCGGUGUUCGGCAUCAACUUCUACGGCAUCAGUAAGAUGUGCUCCUCCGUCCUCACGAGGGCCUCCUUCGAGCGGACGACCGACACCAUCUUCGACGCUGCGAUUCAUCAGCAAGUGGACCCGGUGAAGGCUGUCAGUGAAUGCGUCAUCUUGGGGUCGACGGUGAACUUGGGCACUGGGAUGUUCAAGCUGCUGUAUGACUUCGGAGGCAAGCUCACGCCGCUGGAGGCAGGCGCCCCCGGAAGUCGCAGCCUCAAGCGGAGCCUCCCCCCCGGCUCCAGCGGACCUGCGGGCUCCGCCGUGCCCGCCCCGCAGGCGGCGGCGCAGGUGGCCGCCCCGCACCCCCUCCUCAAGCGCUGGCGCGCCACCGGUGCUGCCUGUGCCGCCGGGGCCGCCAAGCAGAAGAGGGUCACGUUCGACUGCUGAGGGGGCCGCGGUCUCUGAGCGCGCGCGCGCGCCAUGCCCUGCCUCGACCCCGCGCCAGCCGAGGUACUGGCGGGGCGGCCCUUUGAGGGGGCCGCGGGCUGGCGUGCGCCGCAGCUGCGAGGAGCCACACUGCCUCGGCCGCGGAGAGAACAGCUGCGGGGUCUGCCGGAGAGGAGAGGCGGACGCGUGGCCUCGCCGGCCGCCGUCGGUCGGGCGCGCGUGCCCUGCUCCCUGGAGCUCCUGCACUGCCCUGGCCUUCGGUAGCAAA